AUGGGCUUGAAAUUAGAGCAGGGCCUCCAUCCUCCUGGAGAUGGGGUUUCUCUUGGGCUUCCAGCCAGGACACCAGUGGUCCUCAUCGGGGAGUCCGGGGUGGGCAAAACCAACCUGCUCUCCCGCUUCACCCGCAACGAGUUCAACCACGACAGCCGCACCACCAUCGGCGUGGAGUUCUCCACCCGCACCCUCCUGGUGGGAGAUGCUGUGGUGAAGGCUCAGAUCUGGGACACGGCCGGGCUGGAGCGGUACCGGGCCAUCACCUCCGCGUAUUACCGGGGGGCCGUGGGUGCCCUGGUGGUCUUUGACAUCACCAAGCACCAGACGUACGAUGUGGUGGAGCGUUGGCUGAAGGAGCUCUACGACCACGCCGAGGCCAGCAUCGUGGUCAUGCUGGUGGGGAACAAGACCGACCUCGCGCAGGCUCGGGAGGUGCCCAUGGAGGAGGCCAAAAUGUUUGCAGACAACAAGGGGCUGCUGUUUGUGGAGACCUCGGCGCUCGACUCCACCAACGUCGAGCAGGCGUUUGAGACCAUCCUGAAGGAGAUCUUCCACAAGGUGCAGAAGCAGAAGCAGAGGAGCAACCAGAGCAACACGGUGUCACUCGCCAGCGAGAGCCCGGAGGUCACGGCCCCGGCGCAGACGGAGAAGCGCCCGUGCUGCGUGGCCAUCUGACCCCCCCGGGACCCCCCCGGGGACCCCCUGGGACCCCCCGCAGCCCCGGGACACGCCAGUGGCCUCGAGCUGGGUCUGCCUCCGCUCAGACUCAUCUGGCCACCGGCACAGGCUGGUGCCACCCAGCCCGCGGUGCCACCCCCGUCCUGGGGCAGUGGGGACCAACAGCCCGGAGAGUGGCCAAAUUCUGCCAUAAAUGGUGAGAAGCACCAGUGCUGGGGGCUCUGCUCUGUCUGCUUCGUUAUACCGGGCCUUGAUUAGCAUCACCACCGUCCCCAUGGACCCCCCCAGCCCCUCUGGACCCCCCCAGCCCCUCCAGACCCCUGGUGCAGAGGACUGAGAUACCCCCGGGCACCGCUGGGGAAGGAGCCAGGAGGUUCUGGCCACCAUCAUGCCAGCGAUGGUAGCCACUCUGUCUGACCCUGGGGUUGCUCCCGUGUGGCCACCCAGUGCCAC